UUAUAGUAAUUUUUUUUCCCAUCAUUCUCUGUUCUGCACUUGCAUGAAUUUUCAAAGCUUCAGGGUUUAUGGCCUCUCUCUCUCUCUCUCUCUUUCCCACUCUCUUGCAACCCUUUUCGCCCUCUUUUCCCAUAUAAACUCUUCACUCACAGACUCACUUGUGUUCUUCUAACCCAAAUAAGGCCCUGACACUCUUAUUUACCUUUUUGCCACUGCCCCAACACAAGGGCUCAACGCUGGGGAGGCUUGUGGGUGUGAUUGCCGCCAUGGGGGUCUCUUCUCAGACCACCCCUUUAUAUUGCCCCUCUUGUUCCCGCCACUUCCGUGCUGCUCUCUCUUCACUGUCCCUCUUUACUCCCUCUCAAUCACCACACCCCAGAAGAAAAAUUCAAGCAAUUCUGAUUGCCAACAAUAUCCUUCAACGUAGUGCAUUGUCUUUCAGAAAAGGUUAUUCCUGCAUAAAGAGAACACCUUUUGAGUUGAAUAAAUUUAAGGACGUGGUGUAUAGCCAUAAAUCUCCAGUACAUAUUUCAGUUAAGAAAUUUUCAGACAUGUCAUAUGGCAUGUUGGAGGAAAGGAGAUGUGAAGAAGAGUUGAGUCCUUUACAUCCCUCUAAUAGUCAGGUUAAGAUUAUGGGAUUGGCUCGAUUUCCCACGAACCCUUGUACACAAUACUGGGUCCAGGAAUGUUAUAAAUUAUCUAACAGUAAAAAGGAAAUGCACUUGCAGAAUGAGUUCAGGGUUGCACCGAAUGCGGUUACUUCAACUGGUCAGGAACAGGCUGUUUCUAGGAAUGUGAAGCACACUCAUGUGCAGCAGGAUCUUGAUGAACGUCCCUUGCCUUCUGUUAAACAUUCUAAAUUAAAGAACUCAAAAGAGUUGCUUGACACCAAAAGGGUGGACACUGUGUUAAAGGUACUUCCAUCAAAGAUCCUUAAGGAGAAGGUUGAUAGAGUUAAAGACAAAAGCAAUUUGGAGACAAUUGCAAAGGAUGAAGCCAGUGCAACAUCUGUUAAAAGGGCACCUAAUUCUGAACAAUUAAUACUUCGAGGCAGGCUUUGUAGUAUCUAUAAAGACAUAUUGGUUGUUAAUAAUAUUUCUCUUGCUGAGGAAGUUGCUAAGAUGCUUACAGUAAAUUACAGGCAUCUCAUUCAUGCAUGUGAUACUGAGGUGGCCAGGAUAGAUGUCAAACAAGAAACACCUGUAGAUCAUGGGGAGAUAAUAUGCUUCAGUAUUUAUUCGGGUCCAGAAGCUGAUUUUGGAGGUGGAAAGUCAUGUAUUUGGGUAGAUGUUCUUGAUGGUGGAGGUAAAGAGAUCUUUAAUAAGUUUGCUGAAUUUUUUCAAGAUUCAUCCAUCAAAAAGGUCUGGCAUAACUAUAGCUUUGACUGUCAUGUUAUACAAAACUAUGGAUUUAAGGUUUCUGGAUUUCAUGCUGAUACAAUGCACAUGGCACGGCUGUGGGAUUCAUCCAGGCGCUGGGUUGGUGGUUAUUCUCUUGAAGGACUUACAGGUGACAGAGAGGUAAUGUCUAGGGCUAAGCUGGACCAUGAAAAGGAUUUGAUUGGUAAGGUGUCCAUGAAAACUAUAUUUGGCCAGAAAAAGGUGAAGAUAGAUGGAUGUGAGGGUAAAAUGACUACCAUUGCUCCUGUUGAUGUGCUGCAGAGAGAUGAGCGAAUACCUUGGAUAUGUUACUCUGUCUUAGAUGCUAGAAGCACUCUUAAGCUUUAUGAGAGCCUAAAAAGUCAUCUUUCAGACAUGCCUUGGAAUCUUGAUAGUGUACCUGUUUUACACAAAAACAUGUAUGAUUUCUAUCAGGAAUAUUGGCAGCCAUUUGGUGAGCUUCUAGUCAAAAUGGAAUCAGAGGGAAUGUUAGUUGAUCGGUUAUAUCUUAAAGGCAUAGAAGACGUGGCCAAAGGAGAGCAAGAGGCAGCUGUUAAUAGAUUCCGAAAAUGGGCAUCUAGAUAUUGUCCUGAUGCCAAGUAUAUGAAUGUUGGAAGUGAUGCACAAUUGCGAGUACUUCUCUUUGGUGGCACCAUUAACAGAAAAAACCAUGAUGAUGUAAUUCCAACUGAGCGGAUUUUCAAAAUUCCCAAUGUUGAUAAAGUGAUUGCAGAAGGCAAGAAAGUUCCAACAAAAUUUCGUGAUAUUAAGUUAAAUAGCAUUGGAUACAGCCUGAAUGUUGAGAUGUACACACCAAGUGGUUGGCCCUCAGUUAGUGGUGAUGCUUUAAAAGUCCUGGCUGGCAAAGUUUCUGCUGAAUAUGACUUCAAUGAGGCUUGUGAUGUGGAUCUUGAUGUUGAAGAUGGAAAUCCCUCUCAAAGUGAAGUUUUACCUGAAGAAAUAGACAAAUCGGCUUACGGAACAGCUUUUUCUUGUUUUCCAACAGAGGAAGAAGGGAAAGAGGCUUGCCAUGCCAUUGCUGCUUUAUGUGAAGUCUGUUCAAUCGAUUCUUUGAUAUCUAACUUCAUCCUUCCCCUACAGGGUCAUAAUAUAUCAGGAAAGGAUGAACGUAUUCAUUGUUCCAUAAAUAUCAACACAGAGACUGGACGCUUGUCAGCAAGAAGGCCAAAUCUGCAGAACCAACCUGCUUUGGAAAAGGACCGGUACAAAAUCCGUCAAGCAUUCAUAGCUGCUCCAGGGAAUUCUCUUAUAGUUGCUGAUUAUGGACAGUUGGAACUUAGGAUUCUUGCACAUCUUGCUGAUUGUAAGAGCAUGUUGGAAGCCUUUGAAGCUGGUGGAGAUUUUCAUUCAAGAACUGCAAUGAAUAUGUACCCAUAUAUUCGUGAAGCAGUUAAGAGAAAGGAAGUGCUUCUUGAGUGGCAUCCUCAGCCUGGUGAAGACAAACCCCCAGUUCCUCUCCUGAAGGAUGCCUUUGCUUCAGAAAGAAGAAAAGCCAAAAUGCUUAACUUCUCAAUUGCGUAUGGAAAGACUCCAGUUGGGCUAUCAAGGGAUUGGAAGGUUUCUGUGAAAGAGGCUAGGAGAACAGUUGACCUUUGGUACAAUGACAGAAAAGAAGUGCUGAAAUGGCAAGAAGAACGUAAAAAAGAAGCUUAUGAAUUUCAAAGGGUGCACACAUUGUUAGGACGAGCCCGGAGGUUUCCGGAGAUAGACCCAGAUCAUAGCUACCAUAGAGGUCAUAUUGAGCGAGCUGCUAUCAAUACACCAGUCCAGGGUAGUGCAGCAGAUGUUGCUAUGUGUGCCAUGUUACAAAUAUCCAAAAAUAAGAAGUUGAAGGAGCUUGGAUGGAAGUUACUUCUACAGGUUCAUGAUGAAGUCAUAUUGGAAGGACCAACAGAGUCAGCCGAGGUUGCUAAGGCCAUAGUCGUUGAGUGCAUGGAAAAACCCUUCAACGGCAAGAAUUUUCUCAAGGUCGGCCUCUCUGUUGAUGCCAAGUGUGCUAAAAACUGGUAUGCUGCAAAAUAGAUGGCUGGUCAUACAAUAUUAAAGGUGAUGAACUGGUGUAGUGGGGUAUUUUUUUCACCCUUGAUUUCAUACAAAGGCCAUCCAUGGUUGGAUCUGGAAGAGUUUGUUUUCUUGGCAACAUGAUUCCUUUGGUAACUGUAAAACGGAAGAGGCUACUACUUUGUGUGCUUCUUUUUCCAUGGCAAAGGAAUUUGCCCUUGAGUUUAUCCUCUUUCAUUUCUAGAGGUUCUUGAUGUUCUGGGAAGAGUAAUUCCAUACUGGUGUUUUGCUGUGCAUAUCAAUUGUGUCUUUGGAGGAAGAAGCUAAGUGGCAAAACCAUGGUGUUAGCAAUUUCACUCCUUCUGUUAUCUGUUAAAGAGUAAUUGGUUUAUCAUUUGUAAACAUCAUGUAACAUUAUGGCAUCAUGGCUUUGUGCAACUGUGCAUUUGUAUAUUGUAUAUAAAAAAAAAAACAAAACUUGCGAAAUUUCUAUUUCAUUUACAUCAUGCAGAAA